AUGUCGAACUCGGGUGAUGACAAUUCCCUCGCCUCUACGGCCGUGUGGUUGUCCCUGCAGUCAUCGACGUUCGCGUGCCGUCGAGAAGGACGCGAGCGGACGAACGCUGAAAGACAUGAAGGUCACGCGGGGGCAGCCCGGUCCUGA